AUGCACGCCUUUCCACCGCCCCCGUUGCCGCAACCGCCGCCGCCGCCACCAACCGAGUCGGCGGCUGCCCGUCCGCUGUCCUCGGCCGCCAGUCUACGUGGCGAGGGCCCCUUGGACGGCAACCCGUCUCCGACCCGCCAGCUCUCGCCUCCCCCCGGUCCCCAUCCCCAUCCCCAUCAUCACCACCACCAGCAGUCCCAGCCCACGUCGCUCGGACUGCCAUCGCCACAUCCCUCGCAGCAACUGCAGCUACACCAGGCCCGCAGCGUCAAGCGGCCCCGGCCCGUCAAGUCGUGUACGGAGUGCCGCAAGCGCAAGCUCAGGUGCGAUCGCAUACUACCUUGUUCGCAGUGCCAAAAAUCAACCCGGGCAUGCAAAUAUGCUGCAGACCAGGACUCGGCAAACCUCUCGGAUGGCUCCGACGUCGACACCUCCGAGCCGAACCGGCCCCCUAAGCGCGGCUGUCCCUCGGCAUCCUCGGGCGCUGCCGGCUUUGCCAACAACGACGCUGCCCACACGCCGGCCAAAAAUGGAGAGUCUCCGAGCCUGCCCCUUCUAGAGGAGCUGUCGCUGCGGAUGGAACGUCUCGAGAAGCAGGUUCGCGUGCGCAGCCCCGGCACCGACUAUAGCGGCGGACGGGCCAUUGCUGCCUCUCCCAGCACCACCAGGGGGCUGACGGUCAAGCGCGAAGCUCAAGGCACACGUUUCUUUGGCCAAAACAGCACUCGCGUCUUGCUGAACCUGUUCGACGAUGCCAAGGCUUUGAUAUCCCACCAGCGCAACGCGGCCAGCAACUCGGAGCUCUUCUUCAACCUCCAGGCUCUGCACCGGACCUUGCAGGAUAACCUGCACAAUGCCAUGACCCCCAUCACCGUCUUUGUUGACUCCAUGAUGCCAGUCCACAAGCGAAUGACGGAUAUUUUGCCCAAGAAGCCGGUUUGCGACCGCCUCAUUGCCUCCUAUUUCAAUACUUCCGAGAACAUAUACCGCAUCGUCCACGUGCCCACCUUCUAUGAGCAGUACGAGCUCUACUGGGAAGGCAAGCUGCAGUCGGAGUCGUUCCUCCCCCAGCUGCUGUCGGUGCUCUCCAUCUCAUCUCGGUUCGAAACCAAGUCCAAGGGCUUGGGCCAUGAGCGUGUGGAAGGCGUACACAUCCCGACGGCUUAUGCCCUCGUGGAGCUGUUGCUGCUGUACGCACAGCGGAUGAUCACUCCCCGAGCCGAGGACUCGUGGACACAGCUGGGCUUCGUCGUUCGGCUGGCCAUGACCAUGGGCCUGCAUCGGGACCCGUCCGAGUUUGAGCCCCGCAUCAGCGUCUUUCUCGGCGAGCUCCGGAGGAGGCUGUGGUUCACCAUUGUCGACAUGGACCUUCACAUGUCUCUGGCCUGCAAUCUACCUUGUCUGGUCCGAGAAGGAGACUUUUCUUGCCGGCCGCCUCGGAACCUCAAUGAUUCGGAGCUGUUCCUGGGCAUGCAGGAACUGCCGCCGACGAAGCCGAUUGACCAGGUGACGGACAAUCAAAUGCAAGUGUACGCCGCCAUGACUCUGGGGGUGCGGAUGCGGGUGGCGCCGCUCAUCAACCGCAUCGACACGAUGCGUGACUAUCAAGAGGUGGUCGAGGUCGGGGCCAAGCUGGAGCGGUUCCUCGACGACAUCAACUACGUCUUCCCCCGCCACGGCAUCGUCAACGACUCGCAAAAGAGCAAGCAGUGGAGAUGCCGCGUCGUCCUCGACAUGCACGUCCGGCGUCCGCUGCUGGCCCUGUACCGGCCCCUGGCCAUGGGAGUGGCGGACGUCCCCCCCCAGAUAUCCCGGGCGUACUUGAAAUCCUCCAUGGUCAUCCUCAAGUACCUCGACGAACUCGACCCCCACCUUGCGCACUUCCAGGAGAUUGCCGAGAUGUAUCACCAGAUCCUCAAGCGAGACAUCAUCCAGGCGGCCCUGAGCGUGUGCUUCUACAUCCAGUGUGCCGUCCGCCCCAAUUCGGAGGGCCUGGUGCUGGGCCAGCAAGCGCUGCGGGUGUCGCCGGACAGUUCGGACGAUUAUCCGUCGUACAAGGCGGAAGACCUGAUGCUAUGGUCGCCGGCGCGGCUCAUCGAGACGGUGCAAAAGACGCUGGACCUGCUGAUUGCCAACAUCAGCGGGAGCGACAUCAAGGACAUUAUCUGCAUUGCCUUGGUGCUGGAGACGGUCAAGUCCCCGGAGCCUAGGCCGCAGGACAUCACGCGCGAGCUGUAUGGCGUUCUGGACGCCUGCCUGAGGGCGUCGAACCUGACGCGGGACAAGAUCCACGCGCGCGUUGACGGCUAUUCGUCGGGAAACUACGGCCAGGGUCGGUCGCCGUACGGAUACUCGGGGCACGGUGGCGGCUCAAAUAGCUCGGCGGGCAUGAGAGCGUCUGGAACCAUUAGCGACUUUGGAGGAUGGAUCAUGUGGGAAGGGUGGGACUGA